AAGUUGCCGAAAAGCGAGGUCAGCAUGGCAGCGGGAGUGGCCGCUUGGCUUCCCUUUGCUCGGGCUGCGGCUAUAGGAUGGAUGCCGGUGGCGAGCGCACCUAUGCCGACGCCCCCGAGGGAGAAGCGGCGGACGCAGGACGGCCUCAUAAUCCUCAAUGUCAGCGGCACCAAGUUUCAAACUUGGAGGAACACUUUGGAGCGGUACCCAGACACUCUGCUGGGCAGCACGGAGAGAGACUUCUUCUUCCACGAGGAGAGUAAUGAGUAUUUCUUUGACCGAGAUCCCGACAUAUUCAGACACAUACUUAAUUUUUACCGCACCGGCAAACUGCACUAUCCCCGGCAUGAGUGCAUUUCCGCCUACGACGAAGAGCUGGCCUUCUUUGGGAUAAUACCGGAGAUCAUCGGAGACUGCUGCUACGAAGAGUACAAGGAUCGCCGACGGGAAAACGCGGAGCGCAUCCAGGACGACGAGGACAAUGAGAAUAAUAAUGAUUUGGUGUCGCCGGAUAUGACACUACGGCAGUCCAUGUGGCGCGCAUUUGAAAACCCACACACCAGCACGAUGGCCCUGGUGUUUUAUUAUGUCACAGGCUUCUUUAUCGCCGUCUCCGUCAUGGCCAACGUGGUGGAGACCGUGCCCUGUGGGUCCUCGCCCAACAGGGUCAAGGAUAUAUCUUGCGGCGAGCGCUACGCCCUGGCCUUCUUCUGCUUGGAUACAGCGUGUGUCAUGAUCUUCACGGUCGAGUACCUGUUGCGUUUGUUGGCGGCGCCCAGCAGAUACAAGUUCGUCAAGAGCGUCAUGAGCAUCAUCGACGUGGUCGCGAUCAUGCCCUACUACAUCGGCUUAGUGAUGACCGACAACGAGGACGUGAGCGGGGCUUUUGUCACCCUGCGGGUUUUCCGCGUGUUCCGGAUUUUCAAGUUCUCCCGCCAUUCGGCGGGGCUGCGCAUUUUAGGCUACACCUUGAAGAGCUGCGCCUCCGAGCUGGGCUUCUUGCUCUUCUCCCUGACCAUGGCCAUCAUCAUCUUCGCCACGGUGAUGUUCUACGCGGAGAAGGGUUCUACCGCCAGCAAGUUCACCAGUAUCCCCGCGGCUUUCUGGUACACCAUCGUCACCAUGACGACGCUGGGGUAUGGCGACAUGGUGCCUAAGACCAUUGUGGGAAAGAUCUUUGGCUCAAUCUGCUCCCUGAGCGGAGUCCUGGUCAUCGCCCUGCCUGUCCCCGUAAUCGUCUCCAACUUCAGCCGCAUCUACCACCAGAGCCAGCGUGCGGAGAAGCGUCGAGCCCAAAAGAAAACCAGGCUUGCUAGAAUUCGUGCGGCGAAGAUCGGCGGCGCUAGCGCCUAUUUGCAGUACAAACGCAAUGGGCUCCUCGGCGACAGGCUGGACGAGGCUUCGAAGGAGGCGGGUCAGGCCCUGGUGACCAAGACCAGCGCCACCUUCGAGAACCAGCACCAUCACCUGCUGCACUGCCUGGAGAAGACCACGAAUCACGAGUUUGUGGAUGAGCAAACGUACGAGUCGAGCUGCAUGGAGGUGUCGCUGACGAACCAGGCCAGGUCGCGCUCCUCCUCCGUCUCCUCCUCGCAGCACGGCCUCUCCUCCUGCUGCUCCCGGCGGAACAAGAGGAAGAGCUUCCACGUGCCCAACUCGACCACGGGCGCGGACCGGCACGGCAGCAUACAGGAGCUGAGCACCAUCCAGAUCCAGGAGAGGCCGCUCUCCAACAGCCGGGCGAGCCUGAAUGCCAAGCUGGACGAGACGGCACAGCUGAACUGCGACCAGCCAUUCCUCACGGCGGCCAUCAUCAGCAUGCCCACCCCUCCCGUCACCACCCCCGAGGGUGACGAGUCCACCAGCUCGGCUGACUACUUGCAGAGCAACAUUGUCCGCGUGUCGGCGCUAUAGACUCGCACCUUGAACCGGCCACGGCCAGGAAAGACCCCAUCCCGUACACCUACAUCCCAACCCCCCCGAACCCCACCUGCUGGAGAGUGGAGGGAUCGCCACGACCGGAAAGCCAGACUAGAUUUAUUUUUUGACACAUAGGGCGUCGUGUUGGAAUAUAGCGUGCGUCUCCAGGUCGGCCCUGGUGCACAAAACAGAACCAAUGACAGCAUGGCCUUGUUUCCCUGGGGACGGCUGACUGGUGAGCACCACUCAACUUUCAGCAUCAUUUCCUAUACUCUUAGAAGAGAAUUAUUUUUGCAACAUUGCGUGUCUUUAAAUAUAUAUAUAUAUAUAUAUAUAUAUAUCUCGUCGUUAUGACUUGGGUGGGGGGGAGAGGCCAUUUUUGUAAAAGUUAAUUUGUGGACACGAGCGGAGAAGUCUUUAAUGUGACUUUCGAUGCUGUGCGGGGGGAGACAGACUUUUGAUACUAAUAGCUGUUAUGUGUUUGUGUAAGUGACUUAAAGGCCAUCCUCGUGCAUGUCCUUAAAACGUUGUCUGCAUUUUGUGAAUCCGAUGGCCCGGCGCUCCCGUUCAGCAUGAGCAAUAAAGGUUCGUUCAAAGCCGG